GCAGCCCCCCAACCCCCACCCCGCUUUGCUUAGCGGUGCUCACGCCUGCUGGGCGUGGGGCGCGAGCCGGGUGCUGCGCGGGGCUCCGGGGUGCUCGCUCCAGCUGCCGCUGCGGAUAUGUCGGGUCCGCGCGCGGGAUUCUACCGGCAGGAGCUGAACAAAACAGUAUGGGAGGUGCCGCAGCGGCUGCAGGGCCUACGCCCAGUGGGCUCCGGCGCCUACGGCUCGGUCUGCUCAGCCUACGACGCGCGUCUGCGCCAGAAGGUGGCUGUAAAGAAGCUGUCUCGCCCUUUCCAAUCGUUGAUCCAUGCGAGGAGGACCUACCGGGAGCUUCGCCUACUCAAACACCUGAAGCACGAGAACAUCAUAGGGCUUCUGGACGUCUUCACGCCGGCCACAUCCAUCGAGGAUUUCAGUGAAGUGUACCUGGUGACCACCCUGAUGGGCGCUGACCUGAAUAACAUCGUCAAGUGUCAGGCACUGAGCGAUGAGCAUGUUCAGUUCCUCGUCUACCAGCUGCUGCGUGGGCUGAAGUAUAUCCACUCGGCAGGCAUCAUCCACCGGGACCUGAAGCCCAGCAAUGUGGCGGUGAAUGAAGACUGUGAGCUUAGGAUCCUGGACUUUGGGCUAGCGCGCCAGGCUGAUGAGGAGAUGACUGGAUAUGUGGCCACACGUUGGUACCGGGCGCCAGAGAUCAUGCUGAACUGGAUGCACUACAACCAGACAGUGGACAUUUGGUCUGUGGGCUGCAUCAUGGCUGAGCUGAUUCAAGGAAAGGCCCUCUUUCCUGGAAACGACUAUAUUGACCAGCUGAAGCGAAUCAUGGAGGUAGUGGGCACACCCAACCCUGAGGUUCUGGCAAAGAUAUCAUCGGAGCAUGCCCGGACAUACAUCCAGUCUCUGCCCCCCAUGCCCCAGAAGGAUCUCAGCAGUGUCUUCCAUGGAGCCAACCCUCUGGCUGUAGACCUCCUUGGAAGGAUGCUGGUGCUAGACAGUGACCAAAGGGUCAGUGCAGCUGAAGCCUUGGCCCAUGCAUACUUCAGCCAGUACCACGACCCUGAUGAUGAGCCAGAGGCUGAGCCCUAUGAUGAAAGUGUUGAAGCCAAGGAACGAACACUGGAGGAGUGGAAGGAGCUAACUUACCAGGAAGUCCUUAGCUUCAAGCCCCUGGAGCCAUCACAGCUACCUGGCACCCAUGAGAUUGAGCAGUGAGGCAUUGCCCCUGGGGGGAGCCUCCCCCUUUCCUCAGCUCCCCAGUUUUUCUCAAAAGGUGCCUCUCAGGCAGCCCUGACAUUUAACCUGGGACUCCUUGCCUUGAGAGAACUCUGCACUUAUAUACACACAUGAAUGCACAAAUGUGUACAUAUGCCUGCCAUUAUGUGUUGGAGCCUGGGCAGUAGUGUUUCUGGGCCCACCUUGGUCCACCCAGGUUCUCCUUGGUACCUCAGUGUGCGGGAUCUGAGUGUGUCUGCUCUUGAAAACUAUCUGGAUUGGGAGGGAGGCAAACAGGUCAUGGCCCCUGGAGACUCUGAGGGGGUAGGAGUCAUAGUGAUUGGAGCAGCUGAAAGCUGAGGCAGGGCCAGUGUCCCCAUCCAAUGGAAUGGAGUUUCCCAUGGUGGUGGCAAGGCAGAGACCAUCACCAGAUAUCUAAUCUGAAAAGCUGGCUGCAGCUUUGUUUGCCUGUGAAAUGUGGGCAAACGGGAAUGCAUGUACAUUCAUGCAUAUACUCAUCAGAGCAUACACAAGCACGUACUGGUGUGUAUGAGCACCCAAGGGUCAGCAGCCAUUUCUGGUAGGGCACCUAAGAUGGAGACAUUCUUACCUCUCCUCCUCCAAGUUCCUGUUGCCUAAUGGGUCCUGACACCCAUCUGUGAACUAGACUACUGCUCUGAGAGGUGCCAAGAUCCAUUCUUCUGAGCAAAACCCAGGACUUUCUUCUAAGGUGUAGGGCUGCUACAGGAUCCCGAGGCACAAGGACACAAAGCCAGCUUGGAAGCUGGUGAAAUAGGGUGGGGCUCUAAUCUCUAGGAUGCUAGGUGGACAGCACCCAUGGAUGUGAACCUGGACGUUCUUGUCCCAUGACCUUGAUUCAAAGCUGACAAAUGUUUGCCCACAUUCUACCUCCACCUACCCUUGUAUAGCUACUACAGCUGGUCUAGCAUGCUGUGGUCAGUGAGUCAUCCCUUAUCUCCCCUUUCCCCAGAGAGGAGCUGACCAAGUAACUUUUGAGGUAGGACCCCGUUUGAAGACAUGUUGGGGGUGUGGCUCCUCCCUGAAGAGAUGAUGAUCUCUUGCUAUCGGGGAUUAGGGGACUCUGAAUGUCAAGUGCCUGCACCAAGGGUGCACAAUAAAGGGGUUUCCCUCUUGCUCUUGUG